GGAUGGGGCAAUUGUUACUUCCUGGACACCGGCACCUUUAUCAAUUGGGCACAAGUGUUUCCUCCGAAGAAUGAUGAUAAGAAAAAGUGCAUUCUUGAAUUUCAACCAUAUAAAAAUCAGAUUUUUGCUAUCAGCUCUAUCUUUUCACUUUCACCAAUCACAAGCAGCCAGCAUGACCAUCGCCAUCCACAAAAUUGAUGGCCCAAAAUCUCAUCUUCUUUCCUUCCACAGUGAACACUGUAAUCUCCUCCAUUUCUUCACACCUUCGCCAUCUCUUCUGUCGCCGGCGGCAACCCCCAGAUGGGCGAGGCCCCGAUACGUUUCGGCAUCCUCGGCUGCGCCGAGAUAGCCAGAAAAGUGGCCAGAGCGAUAAACUCAGCACCCAACUCCGCCGUCUCCGCCGUCGCCAGCCGCUCGCUCGACAAGGCCUUGAACUUCGCCGCCGUCAACGGUUUGCCGGACUCUGUCAAGGUGUACGGCAGCUACGACCAGAUUCUCGACGACCCGUGUGUGGACGCCGUCUACUUGCCUUUGCCGACCAGCCUUCACCGGCGGUGGGCGAUCUUGGCGGCUCAGAAGAAGAAGCACAUUCUCUUGGAGAAACCCACGGCGCUGAACGUUGGAGAGCUUGAUCAGAUUCUUGAUGCGUGUGAAUCGAACGGCGUGCAGUUCAUGGAUGGAUCAAUGUGGCUGCAUCACCCUAGAACUGCCAAAAUGAAAGAGAUUAUCUCUGAUUCAAACCUUUUUGGCAAUGUUAACUAUAUUCACAGCACAUCAACAACAUCAGGAACUAGAGAGUUUCUUGAGGAAAACAUAAGAGUAAAGCCAGACCUGGAUGCUUUGGGUGCACUGGGAGACUUGGCAUGGUACUGCAUUGGAGCCAUCUUGUGGGCAAAAGACUAUGAAUUACCAACACAUGUCUGUGCACUACCAGAUGUUACAAAGAACUCGGCAGGCGUUAUCUUGUCAUGCAGUGCCUCCAUUCAUUGGGGCAGAACAUCUGCAACAGUUCACUGCUCUUUCCUAUCUCAUACCUCCAUGGACAUAGCCAUAUCUGGUUCCCGUGGAUCACUAAGUGUUUAUGACUUCAUCAUCCCUUACCAAGAGACUUCAGCAUUGUUUGAUUUCAUCUCGGGAGCGGCGUUUGCAGAACUCCAUAUUGGAUGGAACAAACGACCAGAGGAAGUUGAGGUAGGUACUGAGCUACCACAAGAGGCUCUGAUGGUGGCAGAGUUCGCCAGGCUUGUAGGGGCCAUAAGAGCAACUGGGUCUCGUCCUGAUAGCAAGUGGCCACAGAUAAGUAGAAAGACACAGCUAGUGAUGGAUGCUGUAAAAAAAUCCAUUGAUGGUGGUUGUAAAACAGUGUAUUUGUAGUCUCUUUAUGACAGGCAACAAGGUUAUUGUAUAAACAUUUUCAUAAGCUAAGCUAAUGCUAUCAAAGAAGGUUUUUCUGGGUGGAAUGAAUAUAUCUAC